CAUUUGACUGCUGUCAGCUGUGCAGGCAAAGAAAAUUGGGGAAGAAUUUUUAUCCUUAAUUAAAGCAGCCAAGUUAUUGUUUAUGCAGACAUUUCAAUAUUUGCUAUUACAAAAUUAAAAACAAUAUUUUAAUAUAGAAUAUAUUGUGUGACGUUAUAUGCUACAAGUGUUAUAAACUUAAUAUAUGAAAUCGGUGUAAUGCUAAUCGCUACAAAAUAAUCUCCGGCGCAGAGUAAUUUGAAAGUCAUUCCGAAAAGUAAAAUUUGAAUGUGGUUGUGGCACAAAAAAUGGUUUAGAUUGAAAACGGACGGUGUACAAAAUCGGAAGUAAUAUUUUGUCCAGUUUAGAGCAACUAGGAAAUAAUACUUAUAGCAUCUAAGUAAAACAACACCACGAAAAAACAAGAUGCUCUACUGUCCGCCGAAUGUAACAUUUUCGCAAAUUUGGAUAAACAAUGGCAUAUCACAUUGUUUUAUGGACACAAUUGGCAAUGGGGUGGCAAGUGGUUUUAUGCUGCUCAUGGGCACCGUACAACUACUAAUGUAUCGCAAAUAUGCCACACGCAAUGAUCCGACGCAUAUCACCAAAUCGCGCUUAUACGCUUUGCAGCUCUUUCUAUUAUUCUUCUUUCCUAUAUUGGCAUUAGUAAGAUUCCUCUUAAAUGCACGUGUCUACCCGGAUCAUGCAGUUUAUGGAUAUAUGAUACUCUCAACUGUACUUAUUUGCAUAUCAUAUCCUUUCUCAGUUUGUGUUAUAUUAAAGGAACGCUUCUAUCAGCUGCCAUCACUACCGACGCGAGGUCACGGCCUCAUAUUAUUACUAUUUUGGACUUUGGGUUUUAUCAAUGAAUCAUUGGCAUUCAUAAAUUUGCGACAUGAAGAUUGGUGGUUCACACUUAAAACCAAUAAAGAUCAAGUGGAAAUGGCUUUAUUCGUUACACGCUUCAUAACCUCACUAUUGAUUUUCAUAUUGGGUCUUAAGGCACCUGGUAUUAUGCGGCCUUAUGUGCAUCUCGAUGAACCAUCCAAUGCGAGCAACAAUAAUACACAACAGGGUUCCGCUUUUCGCAAUGCUUUUAAGAAAUUGGCUAAACUAUUUCCCUACAUGUGGCCUAAAAAAGACGUGAUGUUACAAUUAUCUGUUGUUGUCUGUGUACUAUUGCUAAUUGCUGGACGUGUUAUUAAACUAUUUUUGCCAAUCUAUCGAAAAAAGCUGGUGGACAGCCUCACCAUACCGCCUAUACUCUUCCGUUGGGAUUUCGUACUUAUCUAUGUUGCAUUAUCCUUUGUACAAGGCGGUGGCACUGGCACUAUGGGGCUUUUCAAUAAUUUACGUUCUUUUCUGUGGAUACGCGUACAACAGUAUACAACGAGAGAAAUUGAAGUCGAUCUAUUCAGUCAUUUGCAUCAACUCUCACUGCGUUGGCAUCUGCAACGCAAAACUGGCGAAGUUUUACGUGUUAUGGAUCGUGGCACAGACUCCAUUAAUAAUUUAUUAAACUACAUUAUCUUUUCGAUUACGCCCACUAUUGUCGAUUUGCUUGUAGCUGUGGUUUUCUUUAUCUACGCUUUCAAUUGGUGGUUUGGACUGAUUGUGUUUCUCACAAUGUUUCUAUAUAUUUUGGCCACUAUUUUGGUUACCGAAUGGCGCACUAAGUAUCAGCGUCGCAUGAAUUUGGCCGAUAAUGCUCAGCGCGCACGCAGUGUUGACUCGCUAUUAAAUUUCGAAACUGUAAAAUAUUACGGCGCUGAACAGUAUGAGGUUGAGGAAUACCGUCAGGCCAUUGUAAAAUAUCAGAAGGAAGAAUUCCUCUCCAUGUUGACACUCAACUUACUUAACACCUCUCAAAAUAUUAUACUCUGUCUCGGCUUGCUCUGCGGCUCAAUGCUGUGUGUCUAUUUAGUUGCGCAUCAUCAGACGCUCACCGUCGGUGACUUUGUACUCUUCUUCACCUACCUUAUGGAUCUUUAUAUGCCGCUCAAUUGGUUUGGCACCUACUAUCGUGCUAUACAGAAGAAUUUCGUCGAUAUGGAGAACAUGUUCGAUCUGUUGAAGGAGGAUCAGGAAAUUUUUGAUGCACCUGGUGCUGCACCACUUAUCACCGCUGGUGCGGGCAUUGAAUUCUCGAAUGUAACUUUUGGUUACUCACCCGAGAAGAUUGUAUUGCGCAAUGUAAGCUUCAGCGUGCCACCGGGUAAAACUGUCGCCAUCGUUGGACCAUCUGGCGCGGGUAAAAGCACAAUUGUACGUUUGCUCUUCCGUUUCUAUGACGUACAAUCCGGUGCAGUGCUAAUCGAUGGACAGAAUAUCAAAUUAGUGCAGCAGCAGAGUUUAAGAAAGGCAAUUGGCGUGGUGCCCCAGGACACUGUACUCUUCAAUAACACGAUUUUCUACAACAUUGAAUAUGGCAAAAUUGGCGCACGCGCCGAUGAAGUGUACGAGGCUGCGCGCCUGGCCGAUAUACAUGAACGGAUUUUGGGCUUCCCCGAACGCUAUGAAACGAAAGUGGGUGAGCGGGGCUUACGUCUAAGCGGUGGCGAGAAACAACGUGUUGCCAUAGCGCGCACGCUGCUCAAAGCGCCGGUGUUGGUGCUGCUCGAUGAGGCCACGUCGGCGCUCGACACCAAUACCGAACGAAAUAUUCAAGCGGCCUUAUCGCGUGUCUGCGCCAAUCGCACGACAAUUGUAAUUGCGCAUCGUCUCUCCACAAUCAUAAACGCCGAUGAGAUACUCGUGCUUAAGGAUGGCAACAUCGCCGAACGUGGACGACAUGAGGAGCUGCUGCAACGUAAGGAUGGCGUUUACGCUGAGAUGUGGAUGCAACAGCUCAAGAACUUGGAGAGUGAUGGAGAGGGAGAAAAGAAUGUUAACACGAAAGACAAACCUCCAACGGAAGACGCUGGUAGUGGCAUUAGUGCCAUGCUGCGCGCCGGGCAUGCGCACGGUGGUGCGCGCUAAAGCCGUUAUGGCGGAUAAAAAAUUACAAGUGCUUAUGAAUGGUUAUAGACUUUUCUGUGUUUAUUUUUUCAAACCAUAUACUAUAUAUAUUUUUUUGUUUUCAAAAUAUGCAUGUUUGUAUGUGGCAUACACGAGUCGGCCUGUUUACGUGUAUAAAAUUGUUAUGAAUGGUGUAAUGGAAUGUAUUUAAACUGUAACGCGUAUGGCAGUUUGUGGUUUAUACAAUGAAAACUAGAGAUCUAGAGAUAUGUAGCAAAACGCUACUUAAAAUAUAUAUAAUAGUAAUAAAAAAAUAACAAAAUUCAA